CGGCCCAAGCGGAACCCGCCUGUCCGUGGAACCCGGUGCAACGUCAAGUACACCAUCGAGCAGAAGGACUUUAUCGAUUACUGGCGAAUCGACAGGCAAGACCGGGAGACACCGUGGGACGACGUGGUCCGCGAGUUCAACCGGCAAUUCAAGGGGCCGCACCGGCGGAACGGCGGUCUGCAGAGCGCCUACUACAGGGAGAACAAGAAGAUCCCCGUCACCGACCGGGAUGGGCUACUCGUCUUCGAUUCGGCCGGGGAGGUCAAGACGAUUGAGGUCCCGGUGAGGGAAGCCAAGGGGAAGCUGCACUCUGUCAAGGCCAUCGGCUUGCUCGCCACUCACCCCGAGAGGGCUGUUCGGUAUUCGUGGGUGAGUAGCGAGCACAAGCGCAAGAUGUGGAGAAUUGCUCAUCUUCGCCAGGCUCAACUUGAUGAAGCAAAGUUGAAGAGAAUGGAGGCCGAAUUGCGCUCAGCAGCCAACGAGGGUUCAGACGCAUCACCCAUGCACCUGACCUCUACAGUCGCUAGCAUGGCCAGCAUGGCCUUUUCGAAGUAA